AUCAGCAGAAAGGUUUGCUCCUCCACCCGCUCCUUGCAAACACCGCUUAGUUCCCUCCUCAUGGUUUCUCUUCUCCCUGAAAGUCAUCGAGGGUUGACGCAGCUGGGACUUGGGCCUGAAGCGUACGUUUCAGGAAGUCAGCAGGUACACGGGCCGUGCAACCGUACACACCGGCCCGCUGACCCCGGGGCUCUGUGUAGAAGGCGGCGAGACCUCGAGCCUCUUCCCUUCGCCGGCCCCCACCGCGCGCAGCCCUGGCCCGGCCUCGAGACACACACGCGGGACUACAACUCCCAAGACGUCUCGGGCGAGCCCGGCGCGCGCCCCCGGCGGCGGAUGGGCGGGGCGGCGGGGCCGCGCGGGCCGGCCGUGUGCACGUGCGCGCGGCGGGGCCGGAUGGCUGCGCUCGGCGGCUUCGGGCUCUGGCGGUGGGCGGCGCGCGCGGCGUUGGGGCUUCGGGGCCGCUGGUACGGGAGGGGCUACGCUGCGGGCCCGGCGCAGAGCCCGCCCACCUUUGGGUUCCUGUUGGACAUCGAUGGAGUGCUGGUGCGGGGCCACAGAGUGAUCCCCGCCGCUCUGGAAGCGUUCCGCAGGCUGCUGGACUCCCAGGGGCAGCUGCGGGUGCCCGUGGUCUUUGUCACGAAUGCUGGAAACAUCUUACAACACGGCAAAGCCCAGGAGCUGUCAGCCCUGCUGGGGUUCAAGGUGGAGCCAGACCAGGUUAUUCUCUCCCACAGCCCCAUGAAGCUCUUCUCACAGUACCACAGGAGGCGGAUGCUGGUGUCCGGGCAGGGCCCGCUGGUGGAGAAUGCGCGAGCACUGGGCUUCGAGAAUGUGGUUACUGUGGACGAGCUGCGGGCUGCCUUCCCUGUGCUUGACAUGGUUGAUCUCCAGCGGCGGCCAAAGACCACGCCCCUUCCGCCGAGUGAUUUCCCCGCCAUUGAAGGGGUGCUCCUCCUUGGGGAGCCAGUCCGCUGGGAGACAAGCCUGCAGCUGAUCAUGGAUGUCCUUCUCAGCAAUGGGAACCCAGGGACUGGUUUGGCGACGGCCCCCUAUCCUCAUCUCCCUGUCCUGGCCAGCAACAUGGAUCUCCUUUGGAUGGCUGAAGCCAAGAUGCCCAGGUUUGGCCACGGCACCUUUCUGCUGUGCCUGGAAACCAUUUACCAGAAAGUGACGGGCAAAGAGCUGAGAUAUGAGGGCCUGAUGGGCAAACCCAGCAUCCUCACUUACCAGUACGCAGAGGACCUGAUCAGGCAGCAGGCGGAGAGGCGGGGCUGGGUCGCGCCCAUCCAGAACCUCUAUGCUGUAGGUGAUAACCCUAUGUCUGAUGUCUACGGUGCCAACCUGUUCCACCAGUACCUGCAGAUGGUGAAGCAUGAUGGGGCACAGGAGCUGGGGGCCGGUGGCCUGUGGAAGCAGCGUCCCUCAGCCACCCAGAGCUGUACCUCCAUCCUGGUGUGCACUGGCGUGUACAGUCCCAAGGUCCCGGUGUCCACAGAGCCUGCACAGAGGGGAGAAGAGCCUCCCUUCCACGGGCACCGGGACUUCCGCUUCAGUCAGGAGCUCAUGGAGGCAUCCCACAUUGUGCACGACGUGGACGAGGCUGUGCAGCUGGUUUUCCACAAGGAGGGCUGGGCUUUGUAGCGAGGGCUGGGCAGUGGGGGCAAAGGGGUGGGAGGGAGCCUGCAGCCCUAGGGGUCCUGUUGGCUCGCUCUAGCCCAGAUCACUGGGCAUCGAGUCAGGGCCUGCUUACCGUGACACUCUUCCUGCUGGCCCACAGUGUGAUGUUAUUGGUCUCUCGCAAGAAGACAGUGGCUUUUUUUCUGCUGGGCAGUUGCCACAGAAUUGUACCCUGGGUAGCAUUUUGGAUAGAACUUCAGGAUUUUCUGGGCCUCAUUCCUGUCUGCCUCUCCUAGCACUCUGACCUCAGGCCAGUCCCUUUACCUCUGUGCCUCAGUUCCCUCAUCAUUUCAGAAGGGACUUCUGAAAAAAGGGGAGGUGGUGUGGAAUAAUGUGGAAAUUUCUGCAGGGCUUUUGUCUGCAUUGAAGCAACCACUGCGUGCCAGCAAGGUGUGUAACUAACACUCACAUACUACUUUUUAUUGUAUUUUAGCUUAUUGCCUACAGACUUUGGGACUUAUUUUUUUAAAUUAAAAUAAUCAUAAUAAAUAUUCCUUAUGCUGUCUCUUCUGAAGCUCUGUCUGGAAUGUACUAGAAAGCCCUGUGGGGGAACGACAGUGGGUGAGUGUGUGGGCGACCUUGAGGCAGAGAAGUUGGUGGCAUUUUCCUCCCGUAAGGUGCUGAUGUCCGCUCUCCUGCUGCUGUUCUCCCACAACCCCCACCCCCCAGGCCGGGCUGUGAAGCCCCAGGCUGUCUGGGAGUGAGUGCAUGCCAGGCUUUGGCAUAUCCUUAGCGUCUUUCCUGAUGUGGAAAAGAAAAAGGAUCUGGUUUAUGGUUUGUUGUAAAGGAAGGAGCUUUCCUACAGUGAUUCUGGAAAGUAUGUGUUUCUUUUAUUCCUCCUCUAGGAGUAAUCCAGUUCCAUCUUUCCAUGGUCUGUGUCACCUAGGACCUCACGCUUGCCAAAUCCCCUAGUCAGUUCUCGUCCUCAUCUGACUCCAGCAGUUGUUUGCAUUUGACACAAGCUGAUUACUCCUUCCCUUCUUAAAACACUCUUUACUUUGGUUCUAUCUGACCCACCUCUUGACACCUCUGUUUGGAUGCCUGGUAGUCAUUGAGAGGGGAGGGAACAUAGGAAAUUGAGAAACAGCGGCCAGUGACACGGGAUGGGAAUUGAGAGCUGGUGUCCUGGAAGCUGACUGAACGAGUUUCGUGAAGGAGGAUGAGGAGCUGUGCUCAUUCCACAUGCAUCAGAGCUUAACCGCGUGCAGGACGCAGCUGGUCCCCCUCCAGUACCCCGAGUAAUCUGGGUCUUCUAAUCCUCCCCACUUGAGACAGUAGCACUCCUUUUUUCUUGUUUAGGCUGAAGGCUUGGCUUCAUCCUUGUCUUCUCUCUCUCUCUCUCUCUCUCUCUCAUUUCCCACGUCCAGUCCAGUCCACCAGCAGAUCCUGUCAGCUUUGCCUUCAGUAUGUACCAGACUAAGGGCACUCUCCAGCCUUCAACACCACGCUGGUCCAGUCUGCUGGCAUCUCUCGCCUGGAUUCUUGCAGAAACCUAAUCUCUGGCCUCCCUGCCUCCUCUCUUCCCUCUCUCCCUCCCUGAUACUUUCCACUCGGGGGCCCAGAAGUCAGAUCGUACAUUUGAUCUAUUCUGAUUGAAAACCCUCCUCUGACUUCUUGUCUCACUCAGAGUCAAAGCCAGAGUUCCUGACCACCGCACAAAUGCCUCUGCAUCCUGUUCCACCACGGCUUCUCGGGCCUACCCCUUCCCCUUCAGUCACCACACACUAGCCGUGCUGGCUCUCUUGCUGGGCCACUGUCCGCUCCUCCUCGGGGCCCCUGAACUUGCAUUCCCUCUGCCUUCUGAUAUCCACAUGACUUGCUCUAUCCCUUUUUUGUUUUCUGAUCACUUCUUAAAGGUCUGGUGCAUAUGUCACUUCAAAGAGAAUCCCUCAACUUCCUAAAAAAAAUAGCAGUUUCUAGCCCUCUUAUGCUGCUGAAUGUUUUCCAUAGUCCUUAUCACCUCAUGACCUAUAUUUACGUCCUUAAUCUAUGUUUUCUACUAAAAUAUGAGCUGCAUGGACAUUGUCCAUAUUGACUCAUUCUUUAUCCCCACACCUACAUGCCUGGCACUUGGCAGGGUUUCAGACCCUGAAAGACCUCCUGUAGGGUCCUUAGAGACAAACACGGCUUUCCUUCCUUUCUUCUCCCUUGGGGAGUAUGGCAAAAGUGAGAAGACGAAGGGUCUUGGAGUCAGACUGACAUGGAAUCGAAGCCCAGCUCUGUUGCUCACCAGCUAUGUGGCCUUGGGCAAUUUCCUUCACUUCUCCAAGCUUCCGUUUUCUCGUCUGUAAAAUUGGCAUUGGGAAUGUGUAUUUCAGAAAUGAGCUAUUUUAAGUGAAGUACUGUUUAAUUUAGGAUUUUGUUCAGCUGUUUGCCACAGAAAUCUGAGUACAGUGGCUGAACAAGUAGGUGGUCAUUUUUCUAAGUAAGAAGUUCAGAGGUGGGCAUUUGGGCUGCGGAACAAGCUCCAGGGUGUCACCCGGGGUGCAGGCCCUUGCCCGCCACCGUCUUAGCGUGUGUGUCUGUCCAGGUGCAGGCUGGCACUGUACCCUUCCAGGCCUUGCAGCCACAUUCCCAAGAGGAAGGAGGAAAGGGCAAAGACAAAGCCAGUAGAGCUGGACUCCCUGUAAAGGACUUUCCGGAAGUUCCACCUCAGGACUUCCAGUCCUCUCUUGUGGACUACAUUUGGGCCACAGGGUCACCAGUAGCUGCGCGGAGGCAGGGACAGGGCACACUGUUGCUCAGACAAAAUCAGGGUCUGUUUGUAGGGGAGGCUAGUGGGAUGGAUGUGAGGUGGGCAACUAGCAGUACAACUCCAGCUCCUGGGCCCCAGAAGGCGGGAGCUACGAGGACUUCCUCCAGUGCUCUGAGGGAACGGGUGAAGCCCUAGCCAGCGAAGCCCCUUGUCAGUCGUCUGAACUGCUGGUCAGGUAACAGUCUGGCUAGCUCGUAUUUGCAUAUCAGUUAACCUUUUCAAACCCAGCCUGACCAAAGCAUUUUAAAGCAGACAUCCUUUGUCCAUGCUUGUUAGAGCCUCACGAAGCCCCUAAUGGAGAGAGGCAAUUCCUCUCUCUCACUUUUAUAAAUGAAGGCGCCCAGGCAGAGACCAUUCAUCCAUGCUUUCAUUUCAGAAACACUUGAAGACUGCUGGGGCCGUGUGCCAUUCUAGGUGCCACAGCAGUGACGUCAUUGGCGACAACACCUGCCUCGUGGGGUUCACCUCAGUGAUGAUGUGUCCAAAGUCGGUUAGUAAAUGGAGGGGCUGGGCCUAGAGUUGGGACUCCUAACUCCGAGCCCAGUGUUCUCCCCAAGACAUGCACCAAAGACCUUCCUGACCCCAGCCCGCCACUGUCCUUCCUCCACGCAUUGCUUUAUGUCCCAGAGCAGCUACUGUUGGAGAUACAGGCAAGGUGGGCUCUCCUUGGGCCAGAUGGGUCGAGCUUACCAAAUGGAAUGCCAAGUGAGAGCAGAAGUGAGUUGGAAAACGUGGCUACAUGGGGAGGAACGCUGCCAGAGUCGAGAAUACUUAGCUCCAGUUUGAAGAGAGAGAAUGACAGCAGUUGUGUCUGUUUGCCUCUGUCCCUUUGACUAGCAGUCGUUCUGGCUCUGUGGCUCCUCUCUCCUUUUCUUACUUGUUUGGGUUUCCUAAAGAUACUGCAAGCUAUUCUAGACGGGGUCCAGAGAGCAUGUGUACAGCAACAUUACUUAUGCAAAUCUAUGUUGGAGAGCAGGGCCAGCCUCUCAGUUCCAUUGCCAAUCUUGUUCCUUAGGGGCUUUGUCUAAACCGUGGAACCAAAACUCAAAACCAACUGCUUCGUUUGCUCAACGCCAAACUGAAUGAAGAUGUUUCCUUUUUGUGUUUGUUGGAGCCAAGUGAAUACAAAACGAAAAAGACUUUGUGAGUCAAUUUGAACAGGAAGUGAGCACAUAUUUAUAAUGAAAUUAUUAACCUUGAACAAAACGAUGCCAUCAGGUGUUCACAGUGAGCACAUAGAAGCAGCUUGGCGUCAGACACAGGGGCACUUCCUCAGUGUGCCCCUUGGUGGCAGCAGCUUCUGGCCUCCUGAGGACACCUCGGGCUCCCAAGGCAGGUGCGGUGAGCAAGCCGGCAAUCAGGACCCCCAGCGGAGCUAGGGUUGCUGUGGCAACCGGAUGCUGCCUGGAGGGCGGAUUUUAAAAUAUCUCAGCUAUAAUAGUUGUUUUUCCCCCAAUCACUCUGUCACUUCCCCAGUGCUGUGUGGUGCUGCUGAGGCCGGCUGUGCUGGGACGCCUGCUUCUCUGCCUGGGGCUCUUGGCAGCUUUGGGGGUUGGAGGUGGGAGGAUUGUCUCAGGGUGUGAACUGCUGGGAAGCUGACAGAGCUUCAGCUUUUGCUUCCAGGCUCCUCCAGCUCUUGGUUCCCACAGCCUUAUGUCAUUUUCUCUUUCUUGUGAGGCAGAGAGGAGGGGUUUAGCUUGAAACUUCCUCCCCCCCUCCUCCCACUCUGACUUGAGCCUUCUGGCUUACACUCUGCCAGAGCAGCCUUGGCACUCCCGGGACCUCUCUCUGGUGAGGGGAGGGCAUGUCCCUCUUUGUCUGCUUUUCCCCUUGGUCUUUCUAACUUCCUCUUUUGGCUUCGUUUAUUCACUCAUCAAAAGACUGUUGAGCACAUACUAAGCCCCGGGCUAAGACACGAGAAACUGUUUUUGUCCUGGAAGAGGUCAUCACUGUCUUUACCCUGGACUCGGCCCUAUCAGAUUGCAAACAUUUUUAUAAAGUUACAGUAAUUAAGACAGUGUUCCAUUGGCAGAGGGAGGGAUACAAACCAGUGGGACAAGAUAGCACUCAGACACGCGGAUAUGCAAUAUAUGAAAAUGUGGCUUAACAAAAUAAGUAUUUGUUUCUUGUUUGUUUCAUAGUCUGAUGUGGGCUAAGUGGCUUCAUGGCCUUUCCCCUCCAGGUGGGACUCAGGGAUCCAGACACUGUCCAUUUUGCGAUGCUGUCAUCUCCAACACGUGGUUUCUAAGGUCUCUGUGGAAGAUGGAGAGAGAAUGCGUGACUGUGAAAGGAUUUAUGGCCAGACCUGAGACUGGUGUACGUCACUUCUGUCCAUAUCCACUGGCCAGGCGCAGGGUUCCAAUGCACCUCCCAAGAGGCUGGGAAACGUGGUCUUUCUCUGUGUUUGGGAAAAGGAGAUGGGAUCUGUCAGCAUCUAGCCUGUCUCUGUCGCCAUAUCACUGUUUACUAGGAUAAAGAAAUUCUGUUUUGUUUAGUUUUUGUUUCAAUUCAUGAAUAAAUGUUGAAACUUGUUUCUCUAUAUGUAUGGAGUUAUCAUAAAUGUUUUUCUCCUUUAACCUGUUAAUGUGGUGAAUUACACUGAUAGAUGUUCUUCGUCUUUGGCUCUGCCUGUCAUCCCUGUGAUGAUGCCCAUGUGGUCACGCUGCCUUUGGUUGGCUCUUCUAGCUAUGUUUUGUUUCGGAGCUCUUUGUGUGUGUUCAUAAAUGAGAUUGGCCAACAUUUGUCUAUGACUGUCUGGUUUUGAUAUCAAUUGUAUUAGCCUCAUAAAAUAAAUGGUGACCCAUUUCAUCUUUUCCUGUUUUCUGGGACAGUUUGUUUAAAGUGGGAUUAUCAGUUCCUUCAAUAUUUGUGGAACACACAAAACCAUCUGGACCUGGUAAAUUUUGUGGGGGAGACUUUUAAUUACUGAUUAAAUUUCUUUAAUAAUUAAAUGUAUAUUCAGAUUUUUCUACUUCUGACAGUUUGGGAAAGUCAUAUUUUUCUAGAGAAUUUUCCAUUUUUCUCGAAGUUUUCAAAUACAUUGGUGUAACGUUGUUCAUAAAUUCUUAUCAUUAAAAAUCUCUAUUGUUUCUGUAGUUAGAUCACUUUUUUCAUUCCUGUAUUGCUUAUUUAUGCUUUCUCCCUUUUUUUCUUAAUAAAUCAUGCCAGAUAUUUGUGUAUUUAAGUAUCAGUUUUUACUAUUUCUGUUCUUUAAUUUUUCCUUCUGUAUGUUUUCAUUGCAUUUACUCUGUUGUUCUUUCUCCAACUUAUUAAUUUGGAUGCUUAGCUUAUUAAUUUUUUGUCUUUCUCCUUUUGAACACAAACACUUAAGGCUAUAAAUUUGCCCCUAAGUUUUGCUUUGGCUGUGUCCCAUUCCUUUUGACAAGCAGUGUUUUUGUGAUCAUUUAGUUCUAAAUAUUUUCCACUUUUUGCAUAAGUUAUUUGGAAGUAUGUUUUAAAAUUUCCAAAUAUAUGGGGAGUGGUUGGUUGUCUUUCUGUUCCUGUGUUCUAAUCUAAUUGCUUUGAGGUCAAGGAAUAUGAUCUGUACAUGGUUAGGUUUUAUAAAUAUUGAAUAUGCAUUUGUGAACUAUGUGUAGUAUCUAAUUUUCAGGGGUAGAGAGUUUUAUAUUUGGCCAUUAAAUCAAGCUUGUUAAUGA